AUGACUGAAGAAAUGGAACGUCCCAGAAGUGGCCUCAGUGUGGCCAGCAGCAUUGCCACAACCACCUCUACCAGUCUGGGGUCAAGGCCAUCAACCAGAGCAAUAAAAAGAGUGCACACAUUUGGAAAAAGAGAAUAUUCAAUUAAGAGAGACCCCAAUUCUCUCUGUGGUCAUUCGGGGCUGGCUCUAUAAACAGGACAGUCAAGGCUUACGACUUUGGAAGAGAAGAUGGUUUGUGCUGUCUGAUUUUUGCCUAUUUUAUUACCGAGACAGCCGAGAGGAGACCGUACUUGGCAGCAUUCUGUUACCAAGUUAUGAAAUCUUACCUGCAAACCCAAGAGAAGUGAAAAAUAGGAGAUUUAGUUUUAAGGCAGAACAUCCUGGAAUGAGGACUUAUUAUUUUGGAGCAGACACACAAGAGGACAUGAAUGCCUGGAUCCGAGCCAUGAACCAGUCUGCUCUGGUAGUCGCUGACAACAAAAAACAGAAACAGCCAUGGUCACAUCCUGAAUCCACAGGAUGAACUCUAUGCCAGUUAUGAAGAUUUUUCCCAUAGCGAAAUCAACACUGUGGGCGAUGAUGGAAAAAGUGCUGAAUCUCUGGAGAUUGCUCACCUGUCUGAGACCAGAUCACAGGAUGAGAGCUCCAGGGACAGCCUGCCUGAACAGGACAGAAACGGAGACUUGGAGAAGGACCGCUUGUUCAGCGGACUAAGAGAGUCCUUAACAGAUGCCAUACAACAUUACACAUCUGUGUCUCAGAAUGGGUCGGUACCGCCACCAACACCAGAGAGUAUGCUGAAGAAUCUAGAAUUCACUUAUAGCAAACAAGACGUGGAAAGCAAGAUGUCUCUGGAGGGGAAGGACUCUAUACCAGAAGAUGAAGAGUGGGUGCCUUUUCAUAAGGAGCAACCUUCAGCAGAACUUUAUCAAGCUAGGAGUCCUCCUAGAUCUCAUCCUAAUGGAUUUGAAUGUCCACAUGACGAAUAUUCCUCUGUUGUCUCGUGCUCUGCCCCUUCCUCUCCUGCCAUGCUGCCUACUCAUAUAUACAACUCUGAAGUUGUGGAUAGAAAUUGGAAUUCAAGAGAUGAAAAGUUCAUACAACAGAAUGAGAGUGUGGAAAAACUCGGGAUGUAAGGAGUAUGGCCAUAAAUCCUUCCUCUCCAUCAAUCACAGCAUGUCCUUCGGCAGAAAAAAUUGAGUACAUGGCUCAAAGAUUUCUCAAGGCCUCAAGAUCACAAUCUCUUCCACCUGUUUCAUCAGAGGUUACAAGACACCGUAUUGUAAAGAGAAGUCCACCUCCUAACUUGAAGUAUGCAAGUCCUGUCCACUACCUGGACAAUUCCCACCCAAAUGCUGCCCCCCAAAUUAAGUAGUCCUACCAGAAAAGAGACCCCCUUGACCCCAAGUCUCAGCCCCAAAAUCCAGUCUCCCAAGCACAGAGCUGCAUCCAAUGAGGAUGUAUUUGUGGCUGUGACUGGAUCUCCUUCCUUGGGUAGGAUCACUGUUAGAUCCAACACACCCAUUGGACGUGUGGACAUCCUUCCUUCAGAAGACAGGGUUCCCAAUUCUGCACUUGUCAGACAUAAUGACGAAAGAACUGGGGAGUACUAUGUGACCAGCUCCAGGACCAGAAGUCACAUUGUUAAAUCUGCAUCCAGACCUCAAACUCCAUCAGACAGGUAUGAUGUCUUGCCUUCUGAUGAAACUUUUGCAGCUUCAACUUUGGCAAAGGGACUAAAUCGAUAUACCAGGAGAUCUCAGCCUUUGGGAGCAGAAGAUGAAAGGAUGGUAGAUGGCGGAGGAAUGAGUUUACCUUCAAGAACCCAUGGCUAUCCUAACAGCAGAAUACAAAUAAGACCAAACACUCCAUCAGAACGAGUAAUUGUGGAAGAAUAUUCUCCUGAACUAUCUUUAACCCCAUCAAUGAGAAGACAUCGGAGCCAAGGACCAAGGUUUUCUGAGCGGUCAUUGCACCCUCCGGCAGCUUUUUCUGGCCGGAGUCUUGGCUACACACCGAGGCACCUGUCAAAUAUGGCUUCAGCAAAUUACUCCCAGUUGCCUCCUCUGCCUCCCAGUUUCCACCCGUCCACAUUUGCCUGCAGGAAAGAGGAUGUCAUUGAGUGCUGUGCCUUCAGGACCAGCCCAGUAUCAGAACAGAGGUCCUUAUCCAGGACGUGUUCCUGAAAAUAACAUUGAUGUUCUUCUGACCAAGAUGUGUGGCCAAGAUAAACUUCUUAUCAGCAUUGAAGAUGAGUCUGCUCACUUUAAAGCUGAAAAGGAGAAACUGGAGGAUGCUCUUCAGUUAACUCAUCAUCACCUGGAAGAGUUCCAAGGUCAGGAACAGGUGAUUGAGAACAUCUGGUACCAGCAGAGGAUGCUGCAGGAUGACCUGGUGUAUGUGCGAGCCAAGCUGUGCGACCUCUCCCUGGAACGAGAUAGAGCAUGGGAUGAAUACAGAGCAUUGGAAAACGAGCUGCAUACAGUCAGAGAAACUUUGGAACGUGUCAGUCAGAUUGGACAUCCACAGGACCAGGCAGCAGCUCAGAGGGAUCUUUGGAUGAUCAACGACACCAUUUCAGGGCUUCGAUUUAAUAAACCCAACUUCCAUGUCAUUCCUGAUUCUACAAGACGCCCAGCUGUGAUGGUGCCGCACAGUCCAGUCAGUGAUACACAGCCCACCUAUCAGAGAAGCUUCCUACACCAUCAUUCCGGAAUGAAUCCUCAGAGUCCAAGAGACAAUCCCAGUGACUUUGAAGUUAUUCCACCCAGACCUCCUCUCCCGAAGGAUCAUCAGACAGCCAGUGAGGGAACAGAGGAGCUGAACAGAGGCCUUUCAAGUAAACAGAAUCAACAAGAUCAUCUUAAUGAACAGCAGGAAAACCACACAGCACCACAAUCAAGCACAUCAAGUGAUGCAGCAUUGCCAAGCAGAGAUGUCAUAGAUGCUCAUCCCAUGCAGGUUUCUUCCCCAGUGUCCAUACCUGCAAGUCAUAAAAUGACCUUGGAAACUAAGGCUUCCCCUCCUAAUAUGCCAGAAAUGGGAACAGUCCGGAAACAGAGAAUGAGUGCUGAGGAGCAGCUGGAGCGAAUGCGUAGGCAUCAGGAAGCUCAGAUUCAUGAAAAGCCUAAACCUGGUGUGACUGCACAACGCCAAAAUUCUCAGAGGUCCUCAGCCAGUUCAGUAGGUGGUCGGCUGAGGUCCUUGUCAUCGGAUACAUUCCCAACUGGAACAAAUUCUCAGCAAGCAGAGAAGACUUCUUCAGAACAGAGAAAGCCAGCACUGGUGAGAGUGACAGCCUCAUUCUACCCCAACACUGUGCCCAGCCAUCAGCACGGAAAGCAAGGAAAUAAUAACAUCAGAGGAUCAUCCCUUGACAUGGCACAGGAUGACCCAACAUAUUGUGUUGUGAUGGAACCUCAGGGAGAAAGCAUCACCACUAUAUCAAGUCAUGAGAUUUCUCCAAUGGUUAGGAUGACACCUCCAUUGAGAACAACCAGUAAGAUUGUCACUGCCACCUGCAUGCAAAUGAAAAAAGAUAUUCCAGAUGGCAACCAUGACAAGGAAAGGGAGAGAUCAGAGGUCAAGACAAACUCUGCCCUGCAACUUGAUCUGCAAAGAACUGCAGAGAAGAUGAAGACCUCUGCUUCCAGUGCAAGCCCUGCUACAUCCCCCGGGGGUUUCAGGCGACUGUCAGAUGAGGGUUUUACCACUCCAAUAGAAGGGGAGAGGGAGCGAAUUAUCAACUUGUCCUAUACUCUUGCUACAGAGGCCUCGGAGCGCAGCAAAAUUAUCACAGCCAAAGCAUUAGCUGAAGACUAUGAUGCAAGCAGUGAUAUCUCCUCUUCAGAUGAAACCUAUCCCUGGGACUUCAUUAUGCAAGAUUCCUGUAGCAGCAAAACAUCUGAAGCCAAGACUUACCAGUUCAAAGCCACUUCCAAUCCACAUCAAGAGGAAAGAACCUCCACCAACAAAGAUGGAAGCUCCUCUUCAGCAAUUGUCCCAAACCAGCAGAGUUCUGUUGGAGCUUCUAGUCCUGAUACUGCCAAAGACAGGCCAAAUAAGCGCCUUUUAGACCAUCUUCAUUAUGAGAACUGGCCUGGCCAUAAACAUGAUGGAAAUAAAAGUCACUUUCCAGCCACAAAACAGGAUAGCAGUGCUCCAGCCAAGUGUAAUGGACAGGUGGCCAAAUAUGAUUUCCUCAUAGAGGACUUGCAUUAUAAUCCAUUGAACCUGGGCAAAGUCACUGACUAUUGUAAGGAGGAAAGAGAGCCCAUCCGGAUUACACUUCUCCAGUCCAGCUUCUAA